AUGGGCCAAGGUAAAAGUCAGUUUACUGAGGAAGAACUACAAGAUUACGAGGAUUUGACCUACUUUACCAAGAAGGAAGUAUUAUAUGCUCACCAGAAAUUCAAAGCUCUAGCUCCUGAGAAAGUAGGCCACAAUAAGAAUGCUAAAUUACCGAUGACAAAGGUACUCCAAUAUCCCGAGUUACGAGUCAAUCCGUUCAGGGAUCGCAUUUGUAAAGUAUUCAGCUCUAGUAAUGAUGGAGAUUGCACCUUCGAAGACUUCCUAGACAUGAUGUCGGUGUUCAGUGAGAUGGCACCGAAGGCUGUGAAGGCUGAACACGCUUUUAGAAUAUUUGAUUUUGAUGGUGAUGAUAUGAUCGGAGUAUCAGAUUUACGUGAAGUGAUUGAAAGGCUGUGUGGUCCAGAGCUUAAGUUGAGUGACUCGGAGAUACAGCAGCUAGUACAGAAUGUUCUGGAAGAAGCUGACUUAGAUGAUGAUGGGGCCCUGUCAUUUGCCGAGUUUGAACAUAUCAUUGAUAAGAGCUCAGAUUUUUGCCAUGCGUUUAGAAUAAGACUGUGA